CAUAGCGUCUGUUUCCACGGCAACCGGGCUACCUCGGACGAGACGGAAUUAUGUGUCAUUUCAUUGCGAUAAAAGCACCGAAAAAUAGACGAAUGAAGAAUUAAUAAUGUAAGUUUAAACAAAAGUGGAUUUUUAGGAUGUGUCGUAGAUGAAAGAGGAAGGAUUCGUCGCUUGUGUUUCUCCUAUUCUUUGCCUUUAUUGUCUUGUCUAGGUUACUUUGAUCUUUUUUUAAAGAUGGCGCACAAUUACAAAGCGUCUUUAUCUUUUAUUAACUUAAUGUCAAAUUUAAAAUAAGCGUUUAAUCUUUUAUGAUAAUGGCGGAGGUUCGUAUCCGUGUGGCGGUUCGGUUGCGUCCACUCCUGCCCAGGGAGCUGCUGCACACCCACCGGGAGUGCCUGCGGGUGGUGCCCGGAGCCCCGCAGGUGAUGCUCGGUUCCGACCAGCUUUUUUCCUUCGACCACGCCUUUGGACCGAGCUCCAGCCAGGAUGAGGUAUACGAGUCUUGCGUUAAGCCGCUGACCAAGUGCUUACUGGACGGAACCAACGCCACCGUGUUCUGUUACGGUCAAACCGGGUCUGGGAAGACUUACACGCUGGGUGGGAACAAGAUGGAUGCAGAGGGCGGCAUCAUCUCCUGCUUCGCCAAGGAUGUCUUCUCCCUGCUGGACAAGAAGAAGCAGAGGAGCAGCGAUGGCGUGGACGCCACCAUGCGCCUGUCCUACCUGGAGCUGUACAAGGAGGAAUUGCGUGACCUUCUGGAGCUGGACACCGCACACAAAGACCUCCACAUCCGGGAUGACCUCAGGGGAAACACAGUGGUGGUGGGAGCCAAAGAGGUGGUGGUCUCCUCCGCCGAGGAACUCCUCAACGUCCUGGAGGUGGGCAACGCCUUACGUCAAACGGGCAUCACUGGCAUGAACCAGCAGUCCAGUCGCUCCCACACCAUCCUCACGCUGUGGCUCAGCCAGACCUUCCCUGACAAGUCCUCCAAGGCAGUGCGCCUCUCCAAAUUCUGCGUGGUCGACCUAGCGGGCUCAGAACGCGUCGGGAAAACGGGCAACACGGGGCUCAGGUUUGAGGAGUCGGUCCACAUCAACACGGGCCUCCUGGCGCUGGGCAAUGUCAUCCGGGCCCUGGCUAAUCCCAGUAGACAACGCAGCGCCUAUAUUCCCUACCGCCAUGCCAAGAUCACACGCCUGCUACGUGACUCUCUAGGGGGCAAUGCCUGCACCCUAUUGGUGGCAUGUGUAAGCCCCUCCCACUACAGUUUUGCAGAAAGCCUAAGCGUACUCAAGUUUGCGUCCAAAUCUCGUCACAUUCGCCGUCAUGCAGAAGUCAUCUCACCGGACGCUGAAGACAGCCUUCCUUCCACGUUGACAUCUGACAACUCGAAUCUGACCUCCACGUACAGCCAUGUGGACUAUGGCACCCAGUCACGUAGACCGCAGUUGGCGCAAACUAGCCUUCCUGAGGACGACAGCCCAGCAAGAGAAGCAUCUGGUUACGCUUCACUGGUCUAUCAGGCGGCUAAUCUUCUGGCCGAGGUCUGUGGCACGAAGACUAACAACUCCUUUAUGUGUCGAGUGGAGGAGUGGAACAAGAGACUGAAGGCCGUCAGCCAAUCACGUCACAUUGAGGACGGCAUCUGGUCGGAGGAGAGCGACUCGCCCCAUCUUGUCACUGAAGACCUGGAUAGAUGUCAGGAGUCUCUGGACGCAGAGUCUCAGCUGUUGAAGCAAAAAGAUGCUAAAGUGCAAAAGGAAGUUCAGGAGCUCUUGCAGAAGCAAAACAUCUCCAUGCAGGCAUUUUGUGAGGACAAGGAACAGACGGAGCGCCUUGUGGACCAGCAGAUCCUCAUUGACCGUCUCCGCUGCGACCUCAUGAGGCUGAGGGGCAGAACAUGCUGCAGGGUUCAACACGGACCUCACAGCGCCAGCUUGAUCAGACCCAGUUGUGGACACAUGCUUGUCAGCAAGAUGCACUCCAGUCUUCCAGCCGAGUCGCUGCAGAGGCUGAUGGCAACGUUUAAAGUGAGCAGCCAUCGCCUGCAGAGUGAGGAGGAAGUGAAGGAUUUCUGUCCUCUUCUGAAGCAAACGCCAGAGGUCAGAGGCCAGUUGGCGAGAGACGGGAAGGACUUUGUGAGUGGGUUUGGAUGGACCAGCAGACAGAAGAAGUCGGCCCUGAAAGAAAAGACGUUAGGGGAGGCGCAAACGUACAAGGAGAGUCCUCUACAAGCCACCGGCACCUAUGAGCAAUAUCGUACUAGGCAGCGCACCUUCUUGACUCAGAGGAGGAUCCAGCUGCUCUCAGCCAACAUAUCCUUAAAGGAGGACCUGGUCAAAGAGAUGGAAAAAACCGAGAGGGACACACUCGCGGCGGUGCGACACGACUCGGGCGACCUGAGAGAGGACGACGUGCUGACGUGGCUGUCGGAGCAGAGCAGGCAGGGCCGAGCAGUGCUGCGUCAAAGCCUGCAGCACAUGGACCUGCAGAGGACUCAGCUGCAGAGGAGCCUCAGGAGGACUACAAGCCCAGAGAGCAGUGACAGCCCUGAAGAAUGCACCCGUGACAGCCCUGAAGAAUGCACCCCGGACAGGGUGGACAGUGUUGCAUAUUUAAACGUGUGCAGAAACCAACAACAGCCGGGGUCAAAGGAGCCACGUGAGCUCUGUUGGCUGGAGGAGGCCGAGGAGUUGGAGCUGCAGAGGAGAGCCAAGCAGCAGGAGCUGGAGGAGGAGCUCAGGAGGAACCAGGAGGUGCUUCAACGCAGGGACGCCUGCCAGCAGCAGAAGAACAAACUGGAUAUGGAGAAGCUCCGCUCCAGUCAGGCUUUGAGUCAGAGCUUUCUCCGAGUGUCGGUGCAAUUGGAAACACUGGACGUGAAGAUGGCGAACAAUGGCGGUGCGAAUCACGCGACACAGACGUCAAGGAAGGAGCUAGAGAAUAAACGAGAGAUGCUUAAAAAACAGAGAGACAGCCUGGAUGCACAACUUAAGGCCAACACAGUGCUCACUGUAGAGGAAGAGCAGUUGGAGGAAACAUUGCAAGUUCUGGACGCUGCUCUCGACUUCAAGGAGAAAUCCAUUAAGGACCAACAGGAGAAGAUGCCGUCAUCAAGUGAGGGAACAUUUCUCUGUGACGUCACCAGGAAACUGUGGACACUCUCGCAAACAGAAGCAUCCGAAUUGCUUGUGAAAUACUUCAACAAAGUGAUCGGCCUCCGCCAGACGGAACGCAGCCUGCGUUUGUACUGCGAGGAGCUGGAGAUCUGUUAUAGCGAGCAGAAGGCGGCGUGCGUGCAGCUGGAGGCCUUCAUGCAACACUUGGCCUUAGAUGCCGACUGCAGACUCACUCUGCAACAACAGGAGCAUCAGAAGAACAUCCAGUUCUUGCUGCACAAAUGUAAAGAGAGCAUCCCGGGAGAAACCCAUCAGGUAAUCCAAGACCGUCUCCAGAACCUGGAGAAAGAACUCUUCUUCUACAAGCACUGCAGCCGCAAGCUGAGGAAGCAGCUGAAAGAGUCGCAGCAGGACGCCCAUCCCGCCGACCCCGACGACCCGGCCCACGUGCACGCCGAGUCCAAAGAACCGAAGACGCACCCCGAUCGACAACAGAGCCCCUCCUCGUCGUUUUCGUCCCCCGAGCUGCACGGCGGCGCCAAGGUACCCGCCGAGUACAACCAGAUCGGCGCCCUGGCACGCUUCCAUGGUUACAGCGAGAAAUGGCCGACCCACCAGCACGGGCCGCGUUCCACAGUCGGCAUCCAUCGCAGGAAGCUGAGGGAGCUCUCCCCCGCCAACGUCCAAACUCGGGAUUCCGUCGUGGACACCGGCAUCGAGAUGCUGUCAGACGACUCGCUGGACGCGUCCACCAGCAGCCACGGUUAGGAUGGCGCACGCCUGCCUAAUGUUGUGGCCGGUGAGUGGACGUUCCUACUAUUUUCACACAACACGGUCUUAGCGGAGCACUUUUUUUUGUUUCUGGUAUUUUGUCAUCACCCGACCCGGGCAGGCACGAGACAUUGACAAAACGUUGAUUUUACGUACGUCCUUAAAAACUGGACUUUGAAACAACGUGGUAAAAUAGUUGUACUUGUAAACUGAGACAAUGUUGGUGUUCAACAAUGGAUCCACGUUGUUGGUUUCAACGGUCUAAUCAACGUUACAACCCAACAUUGAUUAAAAGUCAAGAAAGCAUGUUGUUUCAAUGUUGUAUUAUUAUUAGUGUAUUAAAAAAAAAGAAAAUAAUAAUAAUAAAAUAUAAUAAAGAUAAAAACUAGAACAGCCUUUUUUUUGUUUUUUCUUUUAAAAUAAGGGUUUUUAAGCCUUUUUAAAAAGCAUCCACAGUCUGUGGUGCCCUCGGGUGGUUAGGGAGAGCGUUCCACAGACUGGGAGCAGCAGAGCAGAAAGCCAGUAGCUUUGACCUUGGAGGUUGGAGGAAGUUUGCCUGUUUGGAGCGGAGGUGUCGUGUGGAGGAUUUGAGGGUGAGUAGUUGUAUUUGUGUUGAAGGAUAUUGGUUGGGAAAUGACCAAAAUACAACGGUCUAAUCAACAUCACAACCCAACUUUGAUUAAAUCAGGGGUCACCAACGCGGUGCCCGUGGGCACCAGGUAACCCGUAAGGACCAGAUGAGUCGCCCGCUGGCCUGUUCUAAAAAUAGCUCAAAUAGCAGCACUUACCAGUGAGCUGCCUCUAUUUUUUUAAAUUGUAUUUAUUUACUAGCAAGCUGGUCUCGCUUUGCUCGACAUUUUUAAUUCUCAGAGGGACAAAACUCAAAUGAAUUUGAAAAUCCAAGAAAAUAUUUUAAAGACUUGGUCUUCACUUGUUUAAAUAAAUUUUUUUUUUUUUUUUACUUUGCUUCUUAUAACUUUCAGAAAGACAAUUUUAGAGAAAAAAUACAACCUUAAAAAUGAUUUUAGGGUUUUUAAACACAUAUACCUUUUUACCUUUUAAAUUCCUUCCUCUUCU